AAUGGUGUUAAACUUGAAGCUGCUCAUCCUUAUCUUUCUCAUCUGUGUGCUACUUAAUUAGUUUACAUCGCUGCUAAAGAAAAACAUUCACAGGAAGUUGGAGUAGUGAUCAAGAAACAGAGAGUAGCAAUGGAGGUCUACAGAGUUGAGGUGGAAGAAUCAAUGCCGGCUGUCGGAAGCAACCCAUCGGCUGGUCCUGUCUACAGAUGCGUUUACGCCCAAAAUGGUUUCCUCGAGCUGCCUCCAGGAAUAGAUUCUCCUUGGGAUUUGUUCUGCAAAUCUGUUAAAAGAUUUCCUCAAAAACAAAUGCUUGGUCAUCGGCAAAUUAUGGAUGAGAGGGCAAGCCCUUAUAUUUGGCAAACAUUCGAACAAGUUUAUGAAAAAGCUAUCAAGAUUGGAUCUGCCAUGCGAAGAUGUGGUCUUAGCUCUGGUGAUCGAUGUGGCAUUUAUGGAUCAAAUUGCUCUGAGUGGUUGAUUGUCAUGGAGGCUUGUUACAGUCAAAGAAUUUGCUAUGUACCUUUAUACGACACUUUAGGUUCUGAUGCAAUAGAAUUCAUACUCAACCAUGCAGAAGUUUCAAUUGCUUUUGUUCAACAAAAGAAGAUACCAUAUAUCUUGAAGUGCCUUCCAAGCUGUUCUACUUUUCUCAGAACGAUUGUAAGUUUUGGUAUCGUUACUGGCGAACAGAAGAAGGAAGCCGAAAAAGUUGGAGUAAGCUGUUUUUCGUGGAAUGAUUUUAUCUCAUUGGAAUAUGAUCAGAGCUGUGAACUUCCAUCAAAAUCCAAGGAUGACAUUUGCACAAUUAUGUAUACUAGUGGAACUACUGGAGAACCGAAAGGAGUGGUUUUGUCCAACAAAGUUAUUGUGACUCAAGUUCUUAGCAUAGAUUAUCUACUUUUAGAGACUGAUAAAGCGCUGAGUGAAGAAGACUCAUACCUAUCAUUUCUCCCGCUAGCCCAUGUUUUUGAUCAGAUAGUGGAAAACUAUUGUAUCUAUAAGGGCGCCUCAAUCGGAUUUUGGCAAGGGGAUGUUCGACUUCUGAUGGAUGACAUUAAGGAGCUAAAGCCCACAUUGUUUUGUGGUGUGCCAAGGGUUUUCGACCGAAUCUACACAGGCAUCAAUCAAAAGAUUCAAUCUGGAGGAAUAUUAGCAAAAAAAAUAUUUGAAUAUGCUUAUCAACACAAGUUGAAAAAUUUAAAGGAUGGGUUCAAACAGGACCAGGCCUCACCUUUCUUUGACAAGCUUAUCUUCAAUAAAAUCAAACAAGGACUUGGAGGUCGUAUACGCUUGAUGCUAUCAGGAGCUGCACCAGUUCCUAAGCAUGUUGAGGAAUUCUUCAGGGUCACAAGCUGCAGUGUUUUUUUGCAAGGAUAUGGUCUUACAGAAAGCUGUGCUGGUUGUUUCACAUCAAUAGCCAAUGUUUUCCCAAUGAUAGGGUCUGUUGGUGUUCCAGUCCCCACAAUAGAGGCUAGACUGGAAUCAGUACCAGAGAUGGGUUACGACGCUCUUUCUGAUACACCUCGUGGAGAGAUUUGUUUAAGGGGCACAACACUCUUCUCUGGUUAUCACAAGCGCCAGGACCUUACAAAUGAAGCAAUUGUAAACGGAUGGUUUCAUACAGGUGACAUAGGAGAAUGGCAACCCAAUGGUGCAAUGAAGAUAAUUGAUAGGAAAAAGAACAUCUUUAAACUGUCACAAGGAGAAUACGUUUCUGUUGAAAUCAUUGAAAGUGCAUAUUGCCAAUGCCCUCUUGUCGCAUCAAUAUGGGUUUACGGGAGCAGUUUCGAGUCAUUUCUUGUUGCCGUUGCUAUUCCAGAGCAGAAGGCAUUGGAGGAAUGGGCAGAAAGUAAUCAAGUUUAUGCAGGCAGCUUUGAGGACUUAUGUAAGCAUCAAAAAGCAAGAAAGCAUAUCCUUAACGAGUUAAAUAACACUGGUAAAAGGCAGCAAUUGAAAGGUUUUGAGCUACUGAAAGCAGUACAUUUAGAACCAAAGCCAUUUGACAUUGAAAGAGACCUAAUUACUCCAACCUUUAAGUUGAAAAGAGUUCAGUUGCUCAAAUACUACAAGGACCUGGUUGAUGAACUAUACAUCGAAGCAAAACAAUUAAAAAAAGCAUGAGUAUUGUAUUUAUCUUUGAUGUAAUUAAUGGAGUACGCAGAUUAAUGUUGCUUACUGUAACCAAACAGUCCGGUGGUUUCCAACUUUAGCAAACGCUGAAAUAUAUUCUAGGAAUUGCUGUAAAAGAUUUUUUAUUUCAAUUGACGCUCCCCAGUCAAUAUGGUCUCAGGAAUAAAAUGGAUGAAUGCAUGCUUUGAGCUAUUCAGCUGGCCUAAUCAUAUUUAUCGA